GUUCCGUGGAUUCCUUCAGCCGAUUUGGGUGCAUGUGUUUUUUUCUAUUUCGAUUCCGUUUUAUUGAAGCUGUUUGGAAGAAACGAAUUGUGAAACUUAACCGGUGAUCUGUUUGUGAAAUAAGCACAUUUUCGUUCGACCAGUGCUCUUGUCAUCGCAAUGCCUCGCAACGAUUCCAAAACAAUAGACGAAUCCCGUAUCCAGCCGGGCCGGCUCAUGAUUCUCCUGCGGGAGCCAACGACCCUCGACGAAGUGAUACUGCAGAUCGCCAAAAAGUAUGGUAACAUCAAGACUCUGCAUCGCCCGGGAAGCAACCCGCAGUUGGUUUUCGUGCAGUACCAGGACGCCGACUGCGCCAUGGAGGCGAUGGAAGAACUGCGUAAUUAUCCAGUUUUUCGGAAUGUUGAUCUGGCCGUUAAAUCCGAGAAGUAUCAGAAGGAUCACGACAACAACGGUGGGGAUUAUUCCAAAAACCACAGCGGAGGAAAAAACAAAGGAAACCAACGACAGAAUCAGAGAGGACACGGGAACAACUUCAACAAUGCCAAUGGUAACAACGAUCAGUCGAUGGAAAAUGAUAUGUCGCAAAAUUUGAAUCUCUUCCAACCGACGAUAUAUUUGGGCUGUUGGUUCUGUACUAAGAUGCCGUGCUUCGAGUGCCAGUGUGGUGCUUACUACUGCGAUACCAACUGUCAGCGAUCGGAUUGGGCCAAGCAUAAGAACAUUUGCAUGCCCCGUUUGGUACCAAUUUCGUACUCCAACAAGCGUAUGCUCCAGGAAGCGGCUGCUUCCAUGCAAAAUUCGUCUAUUUCCGGCUCGAAUUUUUCCUCUUCGUCGCAGGACAUGAAUCACCAACAGCAGCAACAACAGCCCCAGAAAAAGGGAGGAAAGGAUUACAAUUCUGAAAAUCAACAAAACCAGCGCCGCAACGCUCACAAUGUUCCGAAAAAUUUGAUUCCGGAUCAAGUUUCAAAAUCGAUUCAGAAGAAAGAGCAACCACAGAACGGGUUGGAUAGUAACAAAAAACAGGGCUCACCGAAGAAUGCCACCGACUCCAACAAAAUAAGCCCGUUAGAAAAUAAACUACAGCGCCUGAAGCUGGCCAGGUCGACUGUGAAAGAGAACGUCCUUCAGCCGGGUCCAUUCCCACGCACUGGUAGUCGGGUCAAAAUAUCAGCAUCUCUUGAAUCGGGAGUUGUUUACAUCUAUCACGAUAACAGUCAACCAGGCGAUACGAGUGAUUACUUCCAGCUGGCCAACCGAGUAUUCAAGGCGUCCCAGGAUGCUCAACCGGUGCAUGACAUUCCCAAAGCGGACGAUGUGAUUUUCGCCCCCUUCAUGGGUGGAUACUAUCGUGGCAAAGUGUUGCGCGUAAAGGGCGACCAGCUGGAAAUACAGUACCCCGAUUUUGGAAACUUGGCAACGAUUUCUUGGAAGCAGGCACGCCAAAUUACCGAUGAAGAUCUAAAGUGGGCCAAAUAUCUUACCCUUCCAGCUAUGUUGGAAGGCGUAGGAACGCUCACCAGAGAGCAGAAAAAGUUACUGGAGGAGUAUGAGGAAUCGGUCGAGUUUGAGCUGGUGAAGGUUCGCGACAUGCAGGAUUCCGACAUGAAGGAAGUCGUGCUUAAGCAACCCAAGGAGACCAAUACCCUGAACAUGCGGUUGAUAGAGCUGAAGGAGAAAGAAUCUCGCGAGAGGAAGCAACGAGAGGAAAAAAAGAAACAGGAACGAGCGGAACAAGAACGUCGGGAGAAGGAAGACAAGCAGAAGAAGGAUCUGGCUGCUAAGAUUGCCGAUCCGAGCAAUUAUCAGCCGGUUCUGUUUGAUGAAUCGAUAGAAACUAAACAGCUCCAAAUGGACGCUAAACAAAAGCUUCUAAUCAUCGAUGCCAGCGAGCUGUUGGAUACCCGCAUCAUCUCGGUGAUUGCCUUCGGAUGCAUCGAGCAGUACGGAGAGGUCAUACAGGACUGCGGCUUGCUCGGUCCGCUAGAUCCGAAUCCCUACAAACCCACCCAGGAGGGUGAGGUGUGUUUGGUGCUGCACGAAAAUGACUGGACACGGGCCCUGUACGAUAUCUCCGAGGGAAAUUUUAUGCUGCUGGACGUGGGCAUCCUUGCCAGUGUACCGAUGGCUAACGUCAGACGCUUCCCGCCUGGGCUGAGCAAGGUUGUCUACAACAAUGAGGUGAUCGUUGAGAAUUUGCCAGUGCUUAAUGCGAUGAUGAUCGACGGGAAGCCAGACAGUAUUCAUGGUAAGUCGAUCGAGGCCUGGGUUGCUGCAUCGGAUGAAGGCGUCUGCGUUCGGAUUGUUCCCUGAUUCGGCUAAGUACAAACUAUAGCCGAGCAAUUGCGCGAAAAAGUUACUUUAGGUGUUAAGCAAGUCAGUUGACUGUCCGAGGGACACUAAGUUUUUAAAUUGUGUAUUCUGAUUUUAUUAGUAUAUUUUUAAAUGGCGUAAACCACGCCCAUUCAAAAUUUUUUUCGGAAGAUAAGUACUGUUAUUUUACGAUUGAACUAUAAGUUUUUUUUGUUUGAUUUGUUCAACGUAGAUAUUCAAGUUUUAGAUUACCAUUCUGGACGCACGUCACUGAUGUAAUAA